GAUGCCCUACGUCCGCACAGUCCUCGGCCUCCUGUCGGGCCUGGCGGCCUGUGGCGCCGUCGCCUUCCUCGGCUACUGCGUCUACUUCGACCGGAAGCGGCGUGGCGACCACGCGUUCAAGCUCCGCCUGCGCGAAAAAAGAAGAGCCCAGCAGCAAAAGGCUGAGGGACGGGGCGCCCAGGAGAAGUGCUUUAGAGACUUGUGGGAUCCAGCAAAGAUUGAAAAAUUACAACAACUUUUUCUGCAAGAGGUACGAAUGGGAGAACUUUGGUUAUCCAGAGGGGAGCAUUGAAUGGGGGUUGAACAUCUCAGCAAUGCCCUUUUGGUGUGUGGGCAACCACAGGAACUUCUGAAAGUUUUCAGACACACACUUCCUCCCAAGGUAUUUGAGAUGCUGUUGCGCAAAAUUCCCCUUAUUUGCCAGCAAUUUGAGGCAGACAUGAAUGAACAGGAAUACUUGGAGGAUGAUCCUGAUUGA